AUGGCGCUGAGCGCAGUACGGCUGCACUACACUACCCAUCUGUCGCCAAAUGAUCCUCUUAACUAUGGUAUCCAUUUCUAUGACCACAUCGUGGUUGAACUGCUCGUAACAUCCAUCAUCACCAUGUUCUGGUCCCUGUUCAUUGCCCGGACCAUACAUCGCAGACACGAGCAUCGUCUGGUCAACUCCUUCACUGCAGAGCUCGUUGGGUUGUUCAUUCUUUUCCUCCUUUGGGUUAUCGGCGCCUGCCAUCGCCACGCACGUGCAAGAUUCCUCACUGCGCUACUCGCAUUCGCUUGGCUAGGAUGGCUCCUCGUCCUAGCACUCUUCGUGAUGUCAUUGUUGUUUGCAAUUGCCAACAAGGCAUUCCAUGAUCCGAUGCACGGCCGCUGGGAUCGCCGCGCCACUAACUACGGAGACGUGCCUAUGCGCACCGUGAUCGGCAGGUGA